AUGUCUGCUAUCCAGAACCUCCAUUCUUUUGACCCCUUUGGCGAUGCAAGAAAGGGUGACCUGCUUCUUGCUGAUGCUAAGGAUUAUAUCCACAUAAGAAUUCAACAGAGAAACGGGAGGAAGACCCUUGUCCAAGGGAUCGCUGAGGAUUACAAUAAAAAGAAACUAGUGAAGGCGUUUAAGAAGCAAUUUGCCUGCAGUGGGACUGUAAUUGAGCAUCCAGAAUAUGGAGACGUAAUCCAGCUACAGGGUGACCAGUGCAGGAACGCGUGCCAGUCCCUGCUGGAGCUCGGACUGGGUAAGGACGAUCAGCUGAAGGUUCAUGGGUUUUAA